CGGUUGCUUCUGCUGGUUGCGAAUCCUGGGGCGCGCGUUGCUUGAGCCGAGCCGGAGCUUUUGCCCGCUGCCUGGGGGCGGCGGCGAGCGUCGGAGCGCCUCUCCUCCUCCUCCUCCUCCUCCUCCCUGCCGCCUCCUCCUCCUCCUCCUCUUCCAAGCAAGAAGGACCAGGGCCAGGAGGAGCCGGGGCUGCUAUGCUUAGGUAGCCUUGGGGCUCCUGCAGGGACGAGACCCUCCUCCACGGCUUGGAAGGAAGAAACUUGAGCUCCCGAAACUGCUGGACCGGCGGGUCUGCUUCCCCAGAAGCUGCUCCGAGGAGGAGGAGGAGGAGGAAGAAGAGGAGGAGGAUGGAGCAGGCUUACGGCGCAGGCAAAGCCGGCGGCGCCUUCGACCCGCAGACCUUCCUUCGGCAGCCCCACACGAUCCUCCGGAUGGUCUCCUGGCUUUUCUCCAUUGUUGUAUUUGGCUCCAUUGUGAAUGAAGGCUACAUCAACAAGCCAAACGAAAUGGAAGAAUACUGCAUCUACAACCGCAACCAGAAUGCCUGCAACUAUGGCAUCACCGUGGGAGUCCUUGCCUUCCUCAGCUGCCUUCUUUACCUGGCAUUAGAUGUCUACUUUCCACAGAUCAGCAGUGUCAAGGAUCGUAAGAAAGCCGUACUCUCUGAUAUUGGUGUAUCUGGCUUCUGGGCAUUUCUCUGGUUUGUCAGUUUUUGUUUCCUGGCUGAUCAGUGGCGUGUUUCAAAGAGAGAAGACAACCCAAUGAACGAAGGAGCAGAUGCAGCUCGAGCAGCCAUUGCAUUCUCUUUUUUUUCCAUCUUUACCUGGGUCGGCCAGGCAUUUCUGGCGUUCCAGCGAUUCCAACUUGGAGCCGAUUCAGCCCUCUUCUCCCAGGACUACACGGACCCGAGCCAGGAGGCUGGCAUGCCUUAUGCACCCUACACAAACGAGGCUGACACUACAGAUAGCAUGGGGACGUACCAGCAGCCCCCUUCGGUAGAUGCUUUUGAUGCUGAGACACAGGGCUACCAGGCACAGGACUACUGAGAGGCGGUGGAGCCCUCUCCCCUCCCCUCCUCCUUUCCCCUCCACCCUCUCCCCUCUGCCACCAACACGCCAAGGUGGAAAACAGACACAUAUGUACCGGAGCAGCAGGUGGCUCUCAGCCACUCUCCAGCCUUCUGGGGUCUCUGUGUUUCUUUAUUUUCUUGCUUUUUUAAAAAGCAGAAACACCUAACACCUCCUCCCUCUUUGAACUUUCCACCAAAAUCAAAGGGUUGUAUGGUCUUUUCUGCAGUAAUUGAGUUUGUUCUCUCUCUCUGUCUGGGAAGCUGCUGGGGUAAGAAUCUAGUUCACUCUUUCCAUUGGGGGAAGAGGGAAAGGACCUCAAAAUAGUGUUGAUGGGGAGGCACAGCAGAUGAGAGGAGGACUGGGUGAGAAGGAGCAGCCUGGGCAGUAAUGGGGAGGGAGGAUAGGAUAGAUAGGUGUCUAAACCUGUGAGCAAGGGAUGAAAGUGCGUGUGUGAGCAAGAAAGGGCGAGGGAAUGAUGCAAAUGGCAGCAGAAUGGUGUUGAGAAUGGAUUUUGAAUGACUUUUACUCUUCCAUUGAGCUCAUGAGCUGACGGUUUUCAAAAUCCUAAUGGGAAAUUGUUCUGGUUUAUGUUCAGCGACAUUUUGCCAACACUAAGAGAGUGGUAGUUGAGGUUUAGUUUGUUUAAUAGUUUUCAGUCUAAAUUGAGACUCAUGGGAAUUCAGUUGGUCAAUAUGCCUGCAAUUCUGUCAAUUCAAUGCGUCUUCUAUAGCUAGUUUUCUUAUCCUUUGCCUACCAAAGAGCACUAUCAUUGGACAUUAGCCACAUUGGCUGUCCUUCACAACUGUUUGCUGUUGCUGGGUGCUCACUUUUGGAGGGUCCAGUGCAGCACCCACCUGAAGUCUGUGCCUGAAGUAUUAUAUGGCCACUUUACCACUUUUAAAUAUCAGAUAAAAUUGGGGGGAUUCAAGCAACUCUGUGGAGUUUGUUGAACUGCAUUCCCCAGCAUUAAUUAACAUUCAUUAUACUAGUGCUGUGGAUUGCCGUCCAGAAGCACUUGGAGGACCAUAAUUCCAAGCUGUGAAAUAAAGGAUCACUGAAAAACCUCAGCCUGUAAAAUUACAAAGUGAUUCUGUAUAUUUGUUUUGAGCAUGACACAAUUUUUUUACAGCUCCACGAGUGAUGUAGUUCUAUUCAUUUCACAGCAACCUAAUACACAGUCUGGAAGUUAUUCAUUUGUUUCAAAAUAUAUAUGGAGGGGAGGCAUUGAGAACUUGCUUGUGCUAGAAGGACUUCUUUUGAUCCAGUCCAUUCCCUUGCAAUAGUUCAGUGGUUCCCAACCUUUGGGCCUCCAGGUGUUUUGGACUUCAACUCCCAGAUUGUAGCCUAAAAUUUGUUUAACUGCAUAUAUGAAUGAACUUUGAAAGAAAGGCAUUUCAAUUUAAGAGCAAUCCAAAGCCCAUAUUAAUGUUAGCAUUGCCUAACAUGUAUUCUUCCCUCCGUGCCGCAUUAACACAAUAGCAAAUAAGUUUCACGUACAGUAUAAUGACAUAAAAUUGUGGAUUUAAGCAGGAAGACACUUUAAACUCUUGUGCCAAACCAUCUGUUACCCCCACUGUUUCUAUGCUCAAGAAUAACAAAGCAAAAUUUCCACUCUGAAUGUUUUGCUAUGCUGGGAGAAAGACCAUUUGCUGUAUCUGCCAACUAGGCUGAACUCGGAUAUCAGCGGUAAGAUGCAUGGAGUUCAGUGCCAACACAGCUUGAAACAAGGAUAUUGUAUGACACACUGUAAAAUGUUUAGCAUGUGUCUGGAUUAAUAUCUACCAUCAGGGUAGUUGAUAUACAACUAGGAACAGACAUUUUAUACCUACUCAAGCACUACAGACUCCUCAGUGGAAUUAACAAACAUGAGUUCUCACAUUAAUUAUCUCUUAAUAGAAAGGGAUCUACUUCUGGUUGUAUUGUUGUACCUCAAUGAAAAACAUUUGCUUAGAGUUAGUUUCAAAAGAUUAUGGUAGAUGAGGUGCUGGUGUCACCAUCCAUCUUUCCCCAAUAGUUUGUUAAUUCAUUGAGUCGUAUCAUCGGCCAAUUCUCUCCUAGAAGAAAGUCCACCAUACUCGAUUUAACAAGCCUAAUUGACAUCUUACUUAUUAAAAUGUGUAGAAAUCAGAAUAAUUACAGGGUCAGAGCAACAGCAGGAUCCAGUGGAUUACACAGCACUAAACAGAAGCUGAUAAAGUAGAGUUCAGUCCUAAUAUAUUAUGCUAUUUCCAGACAUUACUGUGUACUUCUCUUCAAAGAAAUCCAAAGGUGUAUGUAUCUUUGGGUUGCUGGUAAGACCCUGGCUUUAUAACACUCCCCCAAUCUUCUUAAUAUAUGUAUGAUUUGACCUUUCUGACUUUAUAGCAAUAUAUUAAACUUAGCCACUUUUUAGGUUUUUUAAAAUGCUUGUUUUAAAAUGUGAUUAGAGAGAUGUUGCAAUUGAAGAAAGAUAAUUUUGGGCUGCUGUUUCCCUUUGCUACUACCAAGGAAAGGGGAGGCUAAAAAGGCAAGAGACAAAGCGUGGAUCCUUCUUUAAUUUAAUUUUUGUUACAGUUUUUUAAAAAGAGGAGCAUGGGACUAUCUAGGUCAGGCAUGGGCAAACUUUGGCCCUUUAGGUGUUUUGGACUUCAACUCCCACUAUUCCUAACAUCUGUUAGGAAUGGUGGGAGUUGAAGUCCGAAACACCUGGAGGGCCAAAGUUUGCCCAUGCCUGAUCCAGGUGAUGAAUUACUGUGGUGGCGCUGAAUCUUUCCCUCCUGUGUGGUGUGCAUGCUGAUUGUGAAUGUUUGUGCCGUUGCCUCUAAUCCUUUCUGUUGACCCUUUUUUUGGUAGAGUUUGUCUGUAGCUUGGAAAAAUUAUAUUUGGAGGGGGGUUAAUAAUGCUUCUGGAAUCUCCCAGCCUGCGUAGAUAUUGGUGAUGUUGGUUGGUAGAUCCUGGGAAAUGUAGUCCAGAAAAAAGAGAGAGAUUAUUUUUUACUCUAAAGCCUAACACUGUGUGGUUAGAAUCUAGCAGGGAGCGAGAGGAGGGAUAUGGCAGUCCAUUGCUCAUAAAGCACAAUGAGGAACUAAGCCCCUUGCUUUAUGGUCCCAAAUGAAAGCAAUAUUAUAUAGGGCUUGGGGGAGGGGACUAUGUAUCUUCUUCACCCAUAAGCUUUUCUUCUAUUUGGGUGGCCUAAUAUUUAGGCUGGUAGGUGGGUGGGGGGUUAUUUUGAGGAUGGGGUUCUUCAUAACAGGUGAGGGAGAGGUCCUUCCUUUUCUUCUCUCCCCCAGAGGGAAAGAGGGAACUAUGGAACUGGAGGGUUGGGAGGAUGGAAAAUCCAAUGUCGGUAAUGGUUUUGCUGAUGUCAAUUGCAUGCUUUCAUGUGGGGUUGGAGGGGGGAUUUUCCCAUCUCACAACAUCUGCUCUGUGUAAAGAUUGAAACAGGGUUUUUGCCUUGAGGGACAGGCCAAACAUGUAUUAAAAUGAAUUCUGCUAUGCAGAUUGUUUUUACACCAGUUUCCCUGUUACAUAUGAAUAAAUUUAAAAGUUCAGGCAGUAAUGCUUUCCCCAAUUGCACACACUACUCUUUUACAAAAGUCAGAGAGAGAAAAAACAUGCACAGAAAUACACACACUUGUGGAUGGGACAUAUAAGGUUAAUGAGCCAUAACUCAAUAGAAUUAGUUGAAAGGCCAUUGAUUACAGUUUGUAUCAGCACACUGAGCUGUGUAUUGGAUUGCAGCCACUACUAUCAUUGGAGAAUAUACUUUAUUUAGAAGUGAAACAUUCUGCCAGUGGCUUAUUGGGCCAUUGCCUUUUUUUCUUGCUCCUCAUAAAGAAUUCCAUGGUGAUCUCCAGCUUGUGUUCUGAGAUUGGAAGUUUCUAUUUUGUCUAAGAAUAGCAAAAAAAUAAUAAUUAUUGGUACAUCCACACUUACUCUAUCAAGAAAAUGUCUCUAUAACCCACACUUAUUAUUUCUAGAAAGAGAACGUCUUUUAACCAGGAAACUUGUCCAUUAACACUGACAAUCAUGUAGCAAGAAUUCUUGGCCUUCCAGUAUUACGCUCAAUUUUCCAUUAACAAAGGAGGCAUCUGGCAAUCCAGAAGCAGCACUACUGUGGUUUCUUCUUUCCACUCUGUGAAGCCACAGUGAAGUAGCGCUUCACCUAAUUAUAUGAUAGUAUAAACCACUUCAUAUAUUAUAGAGCAGUUCAAUUACACCACUGUUCCCUUUAGUUAAUGUAAGAUUUGAAGACCAGGGGAACACCAUUUAUAGAAAGUGGACAUAUUCCAGGGAAAUGCAGGCAAGCAUGGCUUCAGCCUGGUGCGUGUCUUUACACAUUUAGAUCUACAUAAUCUGCUUUUCACACUUGUGUUCCCAUAUGGGAAACAAUGGUGAAAGUGUGGUUUCGGUGUCAAAUGAGAAGGAAUUUCAUCGUGGAGUUAAAGGCUUAACUGUGCUUUCAAGUAUUGCAUGGUGUUGUUUCAGCAUUAAAUGCAACCUCCAGGUUUAAAUUACUUGGGACAGUGAAGACACAGGCCUUGCACACAUGCAGAAAUGUUGCCAAGUACAGCCACCAGCAUGUUGUCUGUCUCCCAGUCAAACAAUACAGUCAACCAGCAAUUAGCUAGCCAACUACAUAGCCAAACAAAGCCCACCAGCCAAAGAAAUGGAUCUGCCAAGUAUUCACACUCUUAGGCAGGCCACUGGCUAUAUAUAGUGGGACUUUAGGAUGAUAGAUCAGAACAUGCACCAGUACUCUUAAGUAUACCACAAAAAAUGAGAGGACAGCCUGAUUGUAUACUUACCAGGUCUAGAGAGAUGCCACUAGGGCAAAAUCAACUGAAUAAGAGUGCAGGUGGGCAAUUUAUUAUUGCAGUUCUGUUUCCCACAGGAACACAAAGUCCCCAUUGAGCUCUAGAUAUGAAUUUCUCAUUACAUUCUUCUUUAUCUAUUAUGGUAAUAAAUGUGUGAGUCUCAGUAUUUGGUACUUCCAGUUUCAUUGGCAAUCAGAAGCACACAGAUGCCAGAACAGAUAGGUAGGUCUCCUUAUGAAUCUAAAUGAAUACCUUUGAGACUUAAUAAAAUCACAGGUCAGUCUUGUCAGUUUUGCAACUCUCGGGGCAACAUCACAAGGUCUGGCUGCCUGGGUAAAACAUGUCAUUAUACUAUAUUAUAUAUGAAGGUGUAUAAUAUGAAGCUGUGCACAUAUCUGUUCAUACAUACGUGACAAUGAAAGGGUGGCCUGCUGCAUACGAAAUCCCUCCCCCCAACCAAUCUCCUAAUUAUUUCCAAGCUCCACCCCAACGGAUCCAUUCUGUCCUCCAGUAUUUUUCCCUCAACAGAAGCCCUGCCAUCUCGGCACCUGUGUUUACGAUGUCCUGUAUACUUGUGGUUUAAAACAAAAAGUGAAGGUGGUAACUACUGGUGUGUCUUAUCAAUAAAGUUAUUACAUUCAAAAAUUGUAAA